CUGGCGGUGGCAGAGCUCGAAUCAGUUUCAGUUUUUCAGUCCAACGUGCGAGUUCGCAGCUCCAAGCUCCAAGCGGUCCGCUUCGCCUUUCUUGGGGGCCAGGAUUUUUGAAAGUGACUAGUGACUACUACCACCAUUGAGUGGCGGAAAAUGUGCGGUUAGCCACGAGGUUGUCAUAGCCAGAGUGUGUCCGACAGUGUAACGACAGCUAACACGAAAAUAAAAUCAAAACCGAAUAGAAUAGCAGUCCAAUCGAAUCCAGAUCAAUCCAAUCUCUAGCUCAAGGAGAAUCGAUUUGGUAGCUUGUGGAUACGAGACACGAGACGCGGCGCGGAGUUUCAGUCAAAAUGUUUCCGCCGCGGUUGUUUCGAAUCGCAUUUGUGAUAUGCCUGCUGAUUGUCUUGCUCUCACCUUCCACCGACAGUGCACAGACCAAGACCCGCCGGCGCCUGCGUCGCCCCACCACUUCCUCCACCGAGGCCAAGAAGACCACCGAGGCCCCGGUGGCGGAGAAGCGUAUUGAUCAGAUCACCGCCUCCACCACCACCAGUGCCCGCCGCACCCGACUUCGCUCCAAGGCGAAACUGGGCGGAGCUGCUGCCGGAGCAGCCGCCGCAGCAGCCGGAGGAACUGCCCUGGUGGCCAGCGGAUCCUCGCUGAAGGGCAAGAAGACCAAGGUGGACGAUGGAACCCCCAAAAUCGUGUGCUACUACACCAACUGGUCGCAGUACCGCGUCAAGGUCGGAAAGUUCGUGCCGGAAGACAUACCCGCCGAUCUCUGCACCCACAUCAUAUUCGCCUUCGGAUGGCUGAAGAAGGGCAAGCUGAGCUCCUACGAGUCCAACGACGAGACCAAGGACAAUGUCCCCGGACUGUACGAACGAAUGAUGAAUCUGCGCAAGGCCAAUCCCAAGCUGAAGAUCCUUCUGGCUAUUGGUGGCUGGUCCUUCGGCACCCAGAAGUUCAAGGACAUGUCCGCCACCCGCUACACCCGCCAGACGUUCGUCUACUCCGCCAUUCCCUUCCUGCGCAAACGCGGCUUCGAUGGUCUGGACAUGGAUUGGGAAUACCCCAAGGGCUCCGAUGACAAGAAGAAUUUUGUCCUGCUGCUGAAGGAGCUGCGCGAAGCCUUCGAGGCUGAGGCCCAGGAACUGAAGAAGCCCCGCCUCCUGCUCUCCGCCGCCGUGCCCGUGGGCCCGGACAAUGUCCGCGGUGGAUACGAUGUCCCCGCCAUUGCCAGCUACUUGGACUUCAUCAACCUGAUGGCCUACGAUUUCCACGGCAAGUGGGAGCGCGAAACGGGCCACAACGCCCCUCUCUACGCCCCCUCCUCUGACUCCGAGUGGCGGAAGCAGUUGUCCGUGGACCACGCCGCCAGUUUGUGGGUGAAGCUGGGCGCUCCCAAGGAGAAGCUGGUGAUCGGAAUGCCCACCUACGGCCGCUCCUUCACGCUGGCCAACCCGGACAAGCACGGCCCGAACGCCCCCGCCUCGGGCGGCGGACGCGAAGGUGUCUACACCAAGGAGAGCGGUUUCCUGGCCUACUACGAGAUCUGCGAGAUGCUCCUGAACGGCGCCGUCUAUGUCUGGGAUGAGGAGAUGAAGGUGCCGUACCUGGUGGACGGUGAUCAGUGGGUGGGCUUCGACGACGAGCGCGCCAUCCGUAACAAGAUGCAGUGGAUCAAGACGAACGGCUUCGGAGGCGCCAUGGUCUGGACCAUUGACAUGGACGACUUCAAGGGUGAGGUGUGCGGCAACAAUGUCAAGUACCCCCUAAUUGGAGCCAUGCGGGAGGAGCUGUUGGGCAUUUCCCGUGGCAAGGAGGCCAAGGAUGUCAACUGGACGGCAGUGGCAUCCACUUUCGAGGAUAUUGAAGAGAAACCGGAACCCAUCAAGAUCUCGGUGGAUGAGAUCCUCAACAAGGUGCGAAAGCCCCAGGUCCAGAAGAAGCACCGCAUCAAGUCCGGCGCCAAUGCCAUUGAACAGAAUUCUCGUCCUGCCCAGGUGUUCUGCUACCUGACUAGCUGGUCUGCCAAGCGUCCUGGUGCCGGAAAGUUCCAGCCCGAAAACAUCGAUCCCAAGCUCUGCACCCACAUCGUCUAUGCCUUCGCCACGCUCCAGGACUACAAGCUGACGGAGGCCACCGACGACGAUCCGGAGAACUACGAGAGCGUGAUUGCCUUGCGGGAUGCCAAUCCCGACUUGCAGAUCCUUUUGGCCAUCGGAGGAUGGGCAUUCGGCUCCACGCCCUUCAAGGAGCUCACCUCCAACGUCUUCCGCAUGAAUCAGUUCGUCUACGAGGCCAUUGACUUCCUGAGGGAUUACAAGUUCAAUGGCUUGGAUGUCGACUGGGAGUAUCCUCGCGGUGCCGAGGACCGAGUGGCCUAUGUCAGUCUGCUGAAGGAGCUCCGAGUGGCCUUCGAGGGUGAGGCCAAGUCCUCUGGACUGCCACGACUCCUGCUCACCGCCGCCGUGCCUGCCUCCUUUGAGGCCAUCGCCGCCGGCUACGACGUGCCCGAGAUCUCCAAGUACCUGGACUUCAUCAACGUGAUGACCUACGACUUCCACGGCCAGUGGGAGCGCACAGUCGGCCACAACUCCCCACUUUUCGCUUUGGAAUCGGCCACCGGCUACCAGAAGAAACUGACCGUCGACUACAGCGCCAGGGAGUGGGUGAAGCAGGGUGCUCCCAAGGAGAAGCUCCUCAUCGGCAUGCCCACCUACGGACGCAGCUUCGAGCUGGUCAACGACACCCAAUUCGAUAUAGGAUCCCCCUCUUCCGGCGGCGGUAAGGCCGGCAAGUUCACCAACGAAGCCGGCUUCCUCAGCUACUACGAGGUGUGCUCCUUCCUGGCGGCGGACAACACCACGCUCGUGUGGGACUCGGAGCAGCAGGUGCCCUUCGCCUACCGCGGCAACCAGUGGGUGGGCUUCGACGACGAGAGGUCGCUCAAGACCAAGACCGAGUGGCUGAAGGAGCAGGGCUUUGGCGGCAUCAUGGUGUGGUCCAUCGACAUGGACGACUUCUCCGGCCGUUGCGGCAAUGGCAAGUACCCUCUGCUGAAUGCCCUCAGCGAGGAGCUCAAGGGCUACAAGGUGGCGCUGGAAUACGAUGGACCCUAUGAGUCCCAUGGCCCACGAGGAGCCUACACCACAAAAGAUCCCCAUGAGGUGACCUGUGCCGAGGAGGAUGGCCACAUCAGCUACCACAAGGACUGGGCCGACUGCACCCACUACUACAUGUGCGAGGGCGAGCGGAAGCACCACAUGCCCUGCCCGGCCAACCUGGUCUUCAAUCCCCAGGAGAAUGUCUGCGAUUGGCCCGAGAACGUCGAAGGCUGCCACGAGCCGACGGAGGCGCCAGCCUAAGCUCUGGACCGGGACGAAGCACUACCCUUCCUCCCACUUUUUGUUAAUAUUAUAUAAACAAAAUCGAUGCCCUAGGAUAAGCCGUAAUGCGAAACUGCC